AUGAUGUUCUCCACACUCCACACAGGUGUCGUGCGCAUCGUUAAUUUGGCCGCAGGUGGAUAACGUAUACAGGUACACAAUUGAGAGGUUAAUGGUUACUCGUUCGCACUCGUUAUGAGGGGAAUUCUGUGUUUAUUCGUGGUCCUCGCAAAUUUAUGCGAACGAUACGUAAUAGCAGAGCACGAGGAGGAUGGAUCCACGGAUUUGUUUGUAAUUGAAGGGAAAGUGUUCCCCUGGGACAAUGCUGCUUCCACCGGGUGGCAGCUCAUGACACACGUAAUGGCAAAUGGAGGUGAACACUACGGUUUUCUGAGGGAAGAUGGCACAUUCAUUAUCUCGAAUGUCCCAUCUGGGUCUUACAUGGUCGAAGUGGUAAACCCAAAUUAUGUUUACGAGCCAGUCAGGGUGGAGAUAAAUUCCAAAGGGAAAUUCCGUGCUCGAAAGGUCAAUUUGAUACAGACGUCGCAAGUAAUUCAAGUACCUUACCCAUUGAAAAUGAGGCCUUUAGCACCGUUUCGAUAUUUCCAAGUUAGAGAGCAAUGGCGAUUAACAGACUUCCUGUUCAAUCCCAUGGUUCUGAUGAUGGUUCUGCCACUUAUACUAAUCAUGAUUCUGCCAAAAAUUAUGAAUGAUCCUGAAACUAGGAAGGAAAUGGAGCAAUUAAAUAAUCUCACUAUCUAUAAUAUGCCAGAAAUGUCUGAAGUAAUAACGUCUUUUCUUUCUGGAGGAGAAAAACAAAAAUCAAAGGCUGUAAAAGCUGCUAAGAAAAGACAAUAAUGUAUUAGUUUAGUUUAUUAUUAUCUGUAGAUGAUUAUAUGUAUGUUUACUCUAGUCGUUAAAAUAGAUUAAGAUAUCAAUGACAGAAAGAGCGAGAAACGUUUCAAUUCCUUACAUCAAGUGUCAUGUAAAAUUGCGAUUGUGAAUAUAUUAAGCCUUUGAACUACAAACCGUUUGAAAGUGCUUGAUAUAUUUUCGCAGUGGUGGAAUUGAAAAAAUAAUUCGCAUUUCUAUUACAUGCGUGCAAAUAGAGAACAAUGAAACGGUACGGGCAACUUUUUAACUUAUUACUCGUUUUGUUUUAUGUGGUUACUUUGUAUACAUAUACUACGCGCAAUUUCAUAAAAUAGUAGAGAAAGCUUUGUACGAAUGUAAGUAAAAAAAAAAAUCUGACCUAAUAUCACAUAAUAACAUACAAUGAUACGUAAGUGUACUUUGCGUCACAAAGACACUAUUUUAUUACACCUUCUUGUGUCGAUCAUACUGUGAUGUCUAGAUUAAUCCUAUCUUAUGUAAGAUGUUGUCCAGGCACAAGAUACAAUUUUCUAAAUCAUAAAAAGGCAUGUAUCUAUAAUACCACAAAUAAACAAUUAUGUAUAAAUUCUUGAA